CGCAAAGAGCAAAGGAGCCCGGUACCGGCUUGGUCCAGAGCUCGAAAUCUGAAACUGCAGCUGAAUUGAGUUGGAUUUCCACCUAGGCCCUGGCUGUUGCUCUUGAAGGAAUAUCCCAGCAGUGCCAUGAAGUUUUAUAUGGCAGCUGCAGGGAUGAUGGUGGCAGCACUGCUUGGCAGUGUACAAAUGUGGUUACGGCUGCUCGGAUCACUACUAUGAGUCUGACACACUCUUGCAUUCGUUUCAAGUUCUGGCAAAGCUUCUGGAGUCCCCAGCUACUCAAGAUAUUAUCUGUGAUGUGGGAAUGCCCGUUCUGCACAGAAACGUUCGCUACAAUUGUCGGGUGAUCUUUUUAAACAAAAAAAUUCUUCUGAUCAGACCAAAAAUAUCAUUGGCAAAUGCAGGAAACUACAGGGAACUUAGGUGGUUUGCCCCGUGGAACAAGGCAAGGCAUGUGGAGGAAUAUUUUCUACCCAGGAUAAUUCAGGAAGUGACUGGACAGGAAACUGUUCCUUUUGGGGAUGCAGUGCUGGCAACCAAAGAUACCUGCCUAGGGUCAGAAAUAUGUGAAGAACUCUGGGCACCAAACAGCCCUCACAUUGAAAUGGGACUCGAUGGUGUGGAAAUUUUCACUAACUCUUCAGGGAGUCACCAUGUGCUGCGGAAGGCUCACACCCGCGUGGAUUUGGUGAAUUCUGCCACAGCUAAGAAUGGUGGAAUAUAUAUUUUAGCUAACCAGAAAGGCUGUGAUGGUGAUCGUCUGUAUUAUGAUGGCUGUGCCAUGGUUUCAAUGAAUGGAGAAACAGUUGCACAAGGAUCCCAGUUUUCACUCGAAGAUGUGGAGGUGCUGGUUGCCACUCUGGACUUGGAGGAUGUUCGAAGUUACAGAGCUGAGAUUUCAUCUCGUAACUUAGCGGCAAGUAAAGUGAAUCCUUAUCCCAGGGUAAAAGUGAAUUUUGCUCUGUCGUGUUCUGACGAUGUAGCUGUACCUACUUGUACGCCAAUCCAGUGGAGACAUCAUAGUCCCGAGGAGGAGAUCAGCCUUGGUCCUGCAUGUUGGCUUUGGGACUAUUUAAGGCGCAGCAAACAGGCAGGAUUUCUCCUACCUCUUAGUGGUGGAAUUGACAGCUCUGCUACAGCUUGCAUAGUGUACUCUAUGUGUCACCAGGUUUGCCUGGCAGUCAAGAACGGAAAUGCAGAUGUGCUGGCUGACGCACGCAGGAUAGUGAAUGAUGAUGCCUAUGUCCCUGAGGAUCCUCGAGAAUUUUGCAAGCGUGUCUUUACCACUUGCUAUAUGGCGAGUGAGAACUCCUCCCAGGACACCUGCAACAGGGCUAAACUUCUGGCUGAGCAAAUAGGCAGCUAUCACAUCAAUCUGAACAUAGAUGCGGCUGUGAAAGCUAUUGUGGGAAUUUUCAGCAUGGUGACAGGUCGAACUCCCCGUUUUUCUGCCUUCGGAGGGAGCAGCAGAGAAAACCUGGCACUCCAGAACGUGCAGGCUAGAAUAAGAAUGGUCCUUGCCUACCUGUUUGCUCAGUUGACACUUUGGACUCGUGGGAUACCAGGGGGACUUCUGGUGCUAGGAUCCGCCAAUGUGGAUGAAAGUCUCCGAGGUUACUUGACGAAGUAUGAUUGCUCAAGUGCUGAUAUCAAUCCCAUUGGUGGCAUCAGCAAGGCUGAUUUGAAGAACUUCAUCCAAUAUUGCAUUGAAAAUUUUCAGCUCACAGCCCUUAGAAGUAUCAUGUCAGCUCCCCCCACUGCAGAGUUAGAGCCCCUGGUAGAUGGACAAGUGGCUCAAACUGAUGAGGCAGAUAUGGGGAUGACAUAUGCAGAGCUCUCCAUCUAUGGCAAAUUAAGAAAAAUUGCAAAGGCUGGACCAUACAGUAUGUUCUCUAAGCUGAUUAACAUGUGGAAGGAAAUUUGUACUCCAAGAGAGGUGGCAUCAAAGGUUAAGCAUUUCUUCAGGAUGUAUUCAGUUAACAGACAUAAAAUGACCACCCUCACUCCUUCCUACCAUGCUGAAAACUACAGUCCAGAUGACAACCGAUUUGACCUGAGGCCUUUCCUUUAUAACACCGCGUGGUCCUGGCAAUUUAGGUGUAUAGAUGAACAGGUAUCCAAGCUAGAAAAAAAAGGAGGAAUUUCUCAAGCUGAAGAUGUGGACUGAUUUUUAUUUGCUUGCUUAACUGUGGCAAUUGAUUUGCUAAGCAGAAUGUUCAGAACUGGAGUAUGCUGUGAUGAUGAGCAUAGAUGACCCAACCAAUUGCUGACAUGACCAUUGUAAAUUAUAUUUGUAAUCAAGUCCUUUCUUUCUUUUUUUUUUGAGUAAUUUUUUUGUUCACAAUAUACUUUUUUUUUUUUUUAACCCAAACUACAGUUUAAUUUAUUAAGGAUUUAUUUCAACUAUUUGAGUUAAUUGCCUUUAAUUGAAAAUUUUUGGAUAAACCCAGCAAUCAUAAAUCAAUGCAAGGCAGUCUUCUGUGAAAGUGAAUACACAUACAAAGACUAAGUUUGGUUCUAGUACCUUGGAUAUGAUUUUUGAGUACCCUUCAGCUGAAAGUAUAAAAUUUUGACAGUUCUGGCAUGUGCUGUUGAGGGUAAAAACUCAUUUUACUUUGCAAUAAACUUGUAAUUUUAUAAUGCUAA